GUCGGCCGCUAGGUUCGCUAAGUUUGUUUACAAGAUGGCGGCGCUCUUGCGGCAGACUGCUUUUCUCAGCAGAAAAGUAGCGCAAAAUAAGGUGGGCAUCACAGUUGUAUGUGGAUACAAGCGGAAGUUUCGACGGCUGAUCCCCAUCAGGGAAGACGAGGAAGGCCUGCCCUCGAAGGCGGCAGCUCGUUCGGCUCUUGAAUCUUUGGCGGAUCGCGGGUUUUGUAGGCCGCAGAAAGCCUAUCAGCCUCCCGACGACGUCCAUAACAGGGUGAAGGCAAUCUACGAAGAUGUGCUUGGUUGUACGGCCGCCGAGUCGUGGAUGGAAACUCCCAUCACUGACCCUCUCGUAAAAUACAAGUUGCUCACCAAGUGCAUCAAAGAGUUUGGUCACGACCUACCAAACUCUUGCCUCAUGAGGGUCAGGCAGGUGGACGACCUUGUGGAGUACUACUCGACCGCCGUCGAGGGAGUCACCCCUUUCGACUCACUUGUGCGGUCGGAGAACACGCUCCCCCCUAACAUCCACGCCAUUCCAAACUAUGUUCGUUUCCAUCCAGAAACAGACACCUUCUUUGGAGGGGUGAAUGCCUACCCUGGAACUUCAACCAUUGUGACUGGACUAAAGGCAAAGAAGAAGUUCAAAGGACAUAUUAGCAAAUCAUCGUGGCCUUUUGAGUAGAGAAUAAGGAGGUGCAUGUUUCGAAAUAUAAAGCCUUUUGUGUCAACCUUUA